AUGCCGUCCCGCAAAUCUAACGUGCCCAAUCUCGACCUCAAAUCGCUCAAAGUGGACUCCAGCGAUGGCAAGAUCUCAUCCCCUCUCUCCCCAGGUGGCCAGAGUUCCGAUGGACCUAGCCCCUUGACGCCGCGCUCGCCCAAGUCCACCUCGAGCUCUCCAUUCCUCAAGGGCGCGACUAUUCGUCCCGUCACCCAGGACUCCAGCAGCAAGGCCAAUAGCCCCACGAUUCCACCAAAGUCUCCUGGCCUUUCGACCGUCGAACCCACUGCGGAGCCCUCCACACCCGGUCUGACGGCUAUCCCUCAAUAUUUCCCCUCCUCCAAGGACUCAGGGAAGACCUCGCACGCGCGCGAUGCGUCCAAGUCAUUUUUUGGCACUCUGAAGGCACCCAAGCCGUCCCAUCGAACACAACGAUCAGACAGCUCGGGGAACUCGACCGAACCGCCCAAAAGCCGAGGCAGCUCGAGAGAUCGGAAGAUGGCACCCAAGUUUCAUGAGUCGACUCCAGACUUGCCUGGCGCCCUCGCUAGGGCAGGCGAGAGCGAAAAGAACGGAGAUACUGCUGGUGACAGGACGCAACAAACUGGACCCAGAAAAACCAACACCGAAUUGGAUUACGCCCCUUUGAAGAAGAGCAAGCCAAGAUUUGCAAAUCUUUUGACCCGAUCGCGAUCCAUUCGGGUGGAUGAGUCGUCAGGGAACCGAGCAGCGGGUCGACGGCCGUCUACCGGUCUGGCGAAGCUGGAAGAGUUCAACGCAGCAGAGGUGCCGAGCGCACCGCGCUCUGCUACCACUCGCCCUGAACGUCCCGAACGUCCCGAACGCCCUGUCUCCGGCGCAUCGGCUGCAAUCUUCAAUAAUCUUAAGCAGUCCUCGAGCGGCGCGGCAGACCGUCUUGGCAAGGCAGGAAAGGGCUUCUUCGGCAAGAUCACUAGGAGUGGCAGCACGAAUGAGCGAGAGCUGAUCAACGAUGAUAACUAUGUGUGCUCAGUGAUCAACCUCCCGCUCAUCGAGCAGGCUAGGAAGACCCGCAUUGCGAAGAAGCUGGAUGCUUGUAGAGACAAGACCGAGUUUUGGAUGCCCGCUCUUCCGUACCGUUGCAUUGACUACCUCAACUUUAAGGGCUGUGAGGAGGAAGGUCUCUACCGAGUACCAGGUAGCGGCCGCGAGGUCAAACAUUGGCAGAGGCGGUUCGACUCACAACUAGACGUCAGUCUCUUCGAUGUACCGGAUCUUUACGACAUCAACACAAUUGGGUCUUUGUUCAAGGCUUGGCUUCGUGAGUUGCCGGAUGAACUCUUCCCAAAGGCGACACAAGAUAUGAUCGCCGAGAAAUGCGAGGGCGCCACCACUGCCCCGCAGCUGCUCAAGGAUGAGCUGUCCAAGCUUCCGCCGUACAAUUACUACCUGCUCUUUGCCAUCACCUGCCACCUCAACCUUCUUCACUCGUACGUGGACCAGAACAAGAUGGAUUACCGCAAUCUUUGUAUCUGCUUCCAGCCUUGCAUGAAAAUCGAUGCGUUCUGCUUCCAGUUCUUGGUUUGCGACUGGAAAAACUGCUGGCAGGGUUGCUGGACCGAGAAGGAGUAUGUCCAGAAGGAGAAGGAGAUGGAUGAGCUGGAGAAGAAGCUUGCCGAAGAGAAGGAAUCCAGGCCUACGGCUGAAGUAUACAAGCCUUCCUCCAGCCACGAACGGGCUGUCUCAUCCAGCUCCAGCUCUCGAUCUGAGGAAGAAAAGCCUCGCCCAGAGACAUCUCGUGGCCGGAAGGCUAAGCCGAAGAACAUCGAGACCGCACACAAUCGAAGCAUAUCACAGCUUCCGGAACUUGGUCCCCCUUUAUCGCCUAUCAAGAUCUAG